CUGUGGAAGUGGGUUUGCAUUGCGGCUCCCUGAAACUGAACCAGUAAAUUGGAGAUGGCGCUGUGUACAGCGUGAGGCAGAGUUAGCAGCCAAACUUUGCAGAACGCAGGAAAGUUCGUUGGAGGAGAGGCGACCCGCAACUCGGACAGGAGUUUUCUUCUCAAAUUACCCUUGGCGUUCAGUGCCAGAACGAGUUUCUUGGACCCUAUACGACAUGUGUGUCUCUUCUCUUCAAUCGUGCGUAUUUUGAAUGGAUUUAUCUGUGUUUUCGGAAUACCUCCGAGUCAGAACUCACCGUUGCUUGCUGAGCCGCUACAGUGAAUGGUUUCAAUGGGAGUUUGCCAUACGUAUGUGAGUGAACACAGACAACUGUAAUGUGACUGACUUGCAUCCGUUUUUCACAUGUACGUUGCUCGUGUGAUCUAUUACCAAUGUUGGCAUUGUAUCGCAUGCUUUAAAAACAAUGGAUGACUUCCGUGACAAAGAUUUAACACCGAUUUCAAGGAAGCACCGACUCAUGGCUGCAGCUUUACCCAUGGAGGAGAACACAUUCCCAGGCAAUGCUUCUAGGUCUGACCGUAACGGUAUUGGAUUAGUACAUUGCUUUAUUUGCGGGAGUGGUGUCACCCCCGGGAAGGAGUUACGACUGCAAGUCAAAUGUCAAAGGGAGAAUCUUCCCUUUUUCCCGUUUUUGCAAAAUCAAGAGCCAGCACCGGGGGCUGCAGAGGUGAGUACGGAUGGUCAUGCUUUGGUCUGCGCCGUGUGCCACUGCUUUCUUGCGGAGCAGUGGAACUCAUUCGAGCGAAGCAGGACGCCGAUUGAGAAACGCAUGUACUGGCUGAAGCGACCGUACCAGUGUGACUCCAGGCGGAUACCCCAGGAAUGGAACAUAUCAUACGAUUUGGAGAGAAGGAUUAGUGUCGGCAGUCAGAAUUUUGAUGGCAAUGAAUCAGAUUUCGACUCUUUCUCUGACAACGAGAACAUGUCAGACCAGGAGUUGGAUUUAGUUGACAGAGGUGGUAGCAGUAAAGACAAAUGUUUCAGAGUCUCAUCUAAUAGCAAAGUUUCCAAGGACGUACCGAGGAAGUCCAGCACAAUCAGUGUUAAAAACAGCCCCGACGCUCAGCGGGCUAUCCGCUACCCUGUCAGUGUUUACGCCGCUCAGGACACGCCGAAAUCGGAUAGUGCUCUGACUCCCAGGCGCACAUCUAAAAUUAUGAAUCAUGUAUCUCAAUCAUCACUCUCCCUGGCGCAGCUCCAAGAAAGUCUGCCCCAGCGAUGCUACGAUAGCCCUUCUGUCGAGACACCUGUGCAAGACAACGGCAUCAUUAUGCGCAACAAGCAGUGGCUACCGGAGCGGAAUGCCAAACAUCCCGAGCCACGCCAACUCGCUGCCGACAACAGCUGUAACGCCAGGCUCCAGUCGCUUCUGUUUCGCCAAAGUCAUAAAAGCGCAGAUGUUGCUGAUGCAGCCUCCGUGCUGUCACCUGGGGGCGCGCCCUUCAUCGCCCCCUGCAAGCGUGACUCCUCCAACCUGAGGCGCGAGGCAGACUUGCGCAGGUACCACGUUGCACCCGGCGGCGACUCGGACAACGACGACGAGAUCAACAUCACAAGCGACGACGAGCGGGAGGUCUUUUACAACAAAGUCACAGAGCACAUAGAGGAUGCCUCCACCUCAUCCUCAGUGUCCCGGGCCCACAGAGGAGACAGGCUGACCUCCACCUCUGGCCGGCCCCUGCUCACCGCAUCCUCCUCAGAGGGGGAGUGCGCCUGUUUCAUCUGCGGCAGUAGGCUGCCCCAGGGCGGCCGCUUCAAGGUGAGCGUCCAGAAGCAGGAGCGUGCGGCCAGUGAGCCCUUCUUCCCCUUCCUGUGGCUGCACAACCCCCCGCCGGGCGCUGUGCCCCUCAGCCCCGGCGGCUCCACGCUGGUGUGUGCCAGCUGCCACACGUCCCUCAUGCAGCAGUGGCAGGGCUUCCAGCUGGCAGACGUGCCCGUGCUCCAGAGGCUGUACGUGGUGCCCCUCAACCCGGGCGGCCCUGGAGCCGGCGGUGGGCCCCUCUCCCCUCCACCAGCAGCCCUCGGUGGGGAGGAGGGCGGCAGGCGCGAGGCCAAGCCACAGCAGCACCACCACCACCACCCUCACCCUCACUCUCUGCCCCAUCACCACCAAGCCUUGGCUCAGUCUGGUUCCGCGACCUCUGCCCACCACACGACUCCCAAGGAGGCCUGUUACCUGUGUGGCCAGGAGUGUGGGCGAGAGGUGAAGGUGGCCUACGCCCGCGCCGGAGAGGGCAAGGCCCGGGGCUCCAUGUACUUCCCCUUCAUCAACCUGCUGCCGUGCCCGCCCAACGCCCGCGGGGUGCGGGACGGGCGCGUGCACUGCUGCGUCACCUGCCACGGGAUCCUGGAGGACAUCUGGGCGGCGUACCGCCUCUGCCUGAGCGAGGAGCUCAUUACCUCAGUCAACACCUUCCUGGGGAGAUACCACCAAGCACUCAACUCUGGAGCCGGCACUGGAGGAGGCUCCAGCAGGGAUACUCACCUUGGCUCUCGCUCCCUUGGUGCCCCAUCGUCAUCAUCGUCAGCUUCAACUGGAGCUAUUACUGGGGUCACUGUUGCUGGAGGUCACGCCUCCGUCUGCUACCUGUGUGGCGCCGAGCUGGGCAGCGGUGCGGUGGAGCGGCAGAUACGUGUCAACCCUCCAGGCCGCGGUGCCGAGCGCGAGCCCUUCUUCCCCUUCCUCACCGUGCACCCUCCGGCGCCCCGCGCCCGGCCGCCUGACGCCACGGGCUUGGUGUCGGCCUGCGCCCUCUGCUACCACGACCUGCUGGGCCAGUGGGCGCAGCACGAGAGCCAGGCCGUCAGCGGUGGCAGUGCCAGCAGCAGCAGCAGCAGCAGCAGCAGCAGCCCGUGGUCGCGGCAGUACAGCUGCGACUCCUUCGUCUGCUUCUUCUGCCGCCAGGAGAAGAGGAGGCCGCUGGGCCUGAGGGCGGUGAAGGUGGCCCGGCUGCCCGUCUUCCUGUACGCCCCCCGCGUCAGCCGCACGCUGGUGGUGGACGACGGCAAACAGCUGACCAUCGGCUCCUGUGUGGAUUGUAAGGCCGUGGUGCUCGCCGGACAGAACAUGAAGCCGGACGGCGCCGGGGAGCGAGGGGCGUUGGAGAGUGGUGGACACCAUGGAGCUAUGCAUGGCAAUCACAAGAGCUCAGUGUUGGAUGACGCGGCAGCGGACACCAAGGAGUUGGAGAAGGGGGAGGGGCCGGAGCUAUGCCCCGCCCUAUCGUCUGAGCCCAGGGACGGCGCGGCUUCCUCGCACUCUGUCACCCUGGAGACAGAGAGAGCCGACUGCCCAUCUUCAAGCAUGAGCCAUGAGCCAAAGUCACCUUCCUUAGGAAUGAUCUCUACGGCAACGCGCACCACGGCGACGGUCAGCCCCCUCACCCCGUCGCCCCUCAACGGCUCCAUCGUGCCCAAUGGCAGCCCGGCGGCACAGUCGGCACACUCCGGAUUCGCCGCCGCCCUCCGCAAGCUGGCCAAACAGGCCGAGGAACCCCGAGCAGCGGGCUCCUCCAUCAGCAGUGAAUCGUCCCCCGUCUCGUCGCCGGCUACCAACCACAGUUCGCCGGUCUCCACGCCCAAGCGGGGCCCCAUGGGGCCGGUGAUCGUGCCGCCCGGGGGCCACAGCGUGCCUAGCACCCCGCCCGUCGUCACCAUCGCCCCCACCAAGACCGUCAACGGCCUCUGGAGGAGCGACAGCCGGCAGAGCGAGUCAGGGCCGCGGGGCUCCAGCAGGGAGCGCAUGAGUUCGGAGGCGUCGCUGCCCCAGGAGAAGGGCGGCCCCUCGGUGCCGGCGCACCUCAUGGGAAGCCCCUACGCCUCUUUCGCCCUGGCCCCCGGAGCCGUCAUGGCCGACUCACGCUUCCAGCCCCUCAAUCUACCGAGGCAGAUGCCCCACGGAGUGCCCCCUGGUGCCGUACCAGAGGAGUACCUGCGUGGCUUCCGGCCCUACGCCACGGCUGAGGACCUGCGCAUGCCCUCCCUGCCCCUGGGGCUGGACCCCGCCACAGCUGCGGCCGCCGCCGCAUACUACCACCCCGGCUACCUGCCACACCCCUCCUUCAACCCCUACAGGGUGGAUGAUCCUUUCUGCCUGUCUGCACUGAGGUCGCCCUUCUAUCCUCUGCCAGGAGGGGGCGCGCUGCCUCCUCUGCAUCCCUCCGCGGUCCCCCUGCACCUGCCAGGGGUACGCUACCCAGGAGACCUGGCCCACCCCUCCCUAUCCAGCCUGCAGUCUGAGCGCCUGUCAGAAAGGCUCCAGAUGGAGGACGAGCUGCGGAGAGAGCGGGAGCGUGAACGCGAGCGGGAGCGCGAGAAGGAGAGGGAGCGCGAGGCCGAGCGCGAGAAGGAGCGCGAGCGAGAGAGGGAGCGGGAGCGGGAGAAGGAACUGGAGCGCGAACGGGAGCGCGAGAGGGAGCGAGAGCGCGAGAGGGAGAAGGAGAGGGAGCGGGAGAGGGAGAGGGAACGCGAGAGAGAACGAGAGCGGGAGAGGGAGAAGGCGGCGCGGGAGAGGGAGAAGGAGCUGCAGAUGUCCAAGGCCAUGGAGAGCCACUACCUCGCCGAGCUGCACGGGCUGAGGGCACGAGAGGUGGAGGAUAGGGCCAAGCCCGGGGAGAGACUCACCCCCAACAGAGCCGCAGAUAAAACCAAAGAGUCAGCACUGGCCACUCCCAAGCCCCUCCAGCCCGGUCUUCACCCCUCCCUGGGCUCUGCCCACCACGGCGUGCCGGGCCUGGUCCCCGCCCACGGCAUCUACCUGGGGCCCCCGGGGGCCCACGGCCCCCCCGGUGUCCUGACAGCCGCCGCCAUGCUGCAGCAGCGCAACGAGGAAGAGCGCUGGCUGGCCCGCCAGAGGAAACUACGGCAAGAGAAGGAGGACAGGCAGUACCAGGUGUCGGAGUUUCGGCAGCAGGUGCUGGAGCAGCAUCUGGAUCUGGGGAGGCCUGGAGAGGCGGCGGACAUGCGGAUGGAUGGACACAGACCCGUCUCCAACCACCAUGAUCGUGAUGGUCGUGACGGCAGGGACCUGCACCCCCACCUGGGCGCCCCACCUCCCCUCAUCUCCCCCAAGCCCCAGCCCCGGGACCGGGACCACCAGCAGCAGCAGCAGCAGCAGCAGCAGCAGCAGCAUCAGCAUGGACCCCCACACCCACACCACCACCCACAUCCGCCACCCCCCACCACCCUCUGGAACCCCGCCACCCUCAUCGAGAGCCCCUCGUCGGACUCGCGCCGCUCCACCUCCUCCUCGGCCCACGAGCCUCCGGAGCUCACCCGGCCCCACUUCGACAUCAGCCGGCUGACCUCGGCGCACCUGCCCUCGGUGCCCUCCAGCAACGGAGCCGGGGGCCCACAUGGCAAGGUGGAGAGGCCUGAAGAGAUGGUGGUGUCCCGGGGUGGCGGAGGCAGGAAGGAGGCUACCCUGGAGAGGUACCCUCACAUGCGUGGGCCGCUGACGGCCGCCUGCUUCCCGGAGGCCGGCGCCUACCUGGCCGAGCUGGAGAAGUCCACACAGAGCUUCCUGAGCCAGCAGAGGGCGGCGGUGAGCCUCAGCAGCCAGUACGGAGAGCUCAGCGCCUCAGCACUCAAGGCUGCUGCUGCGGCCGCCGCCGCUGCUGCCGGUGCAGGGGGACCCUACAAGGCCCUCUUCCACGGGCCCCCUCCCCCACGGCUGGGGGGGCCCGAGCCAGCGCUGGUCUACGAUGAGUUCCUGCAGCAGCACCGGAGGCCCGUUAGCAAACUGGACCUGGAGGAGAAGAGGAGGAGAGAGGCCCGCGAGAAAGGUUACUACUAUGAGCUGGACGACUCGUAUGACGAGAGUGAUGAGGAGGAGGUGCGAGCCCACCUGAGGAGGGUAGCAGAGCAGCCCCCUCUCAAACUGGACGAGUCCUCAGAGAAAGUGGACUUCCUGCGCAUGUUCGGCCUGACCACGCUGUCCCGCCGCGACGAGCUUCUGCAGCAGAGGAGGAGGAAGCGGAGGCGCAUGCUCCGUGAGCGCAGCCCCUCUCCGCCCGCCGUGCAGAGCAAGCGUGCCGCCGGCUGCUCCCCCACGCCCCCCAACGCCACCAACGGCACCUCCUCCUCGGCCACCAACGGCCAGCUCAGCACGCGCUUCACCCCGGAGGAGAUGGACAGCACGCCGCAGCUGGAGGACAAGAUCCGCUUCCUCACCAUGUUCAGCCUCUCGCACGUCAGCCAGGAGCAGCGCAGAGAUAAUGAGCGUGUGGUGGAGCUGCUGCAAGCCAUCAAGCAGAAGAGUGUGACCCUAGACACCCUGCGACACAACUCCCAUCCACUCUGCAAGAGCCCCUCCGCAUAUCACAACGAUUCAGCGCCCAGCCAGCCACUAUCGACCGACUCGGAGGACCCUCACCACGGCGCCAGGCCCCACAGCCCGUCUCUCGCCCCCCACGGGGGCCACCCUCUCCCAGGGGCCGAGCCCUCCAACGGAACCCUGGAGCACCACCACAAGCACUCGGCCGACAUCCUGAGACCAAAAGAGCCCGGGCUGCCGCCGCAGCCGCCGCUGUCCGAGGUCCGGUCACGAGGGACGGCCGAAGUUCUGGCCAACAAGAAGAGCAACUCCUCCAGCCUGCUGAACAGCAUGCGGCCGCCUCCGCACCCGCACCCCCACCCCCACCCCAAGGACGGGCCGGCCAGCCUCAACGGCAGGGUCAAGCCCUGGGAAAGCUUCACGGCCGAGGAGUUCGCCCAGCAGUUCCACGAGUCGGUGCUGCAGUCCACCCAGAAGGCCCUGCAGAAGCACAAAGGGGGCGCCUCUGUGAUCUCCGAGCCCAACCACGCCCUGGACUCCUCCGUGCACUACAACAUUCCAGAGCUGCAGAGCGCCCCGGGCCGCUCGGCCUCCUCCUCCUCCUCCUCCAACGCCACCUCCUCCUCCCAUCACCACCCUCCUCACCCGGCCCAUCCGCACGCCCAUCCGCACGCCCACGCUGUGCACCCACACCAGCACCAGCACCAGCACCCGCACCCCCACCCUCAUCACCCCCAGCACCCCCACGCCGUGCACCCCCAGCCCAACGGGCCGCACUGCCCCCCUCACCCGUCGCGCCCGGAGCACCACGGCGCGGGGCCCCACCGCAACGAGCUGUCGGCCGAGGAGGACUCGGAGGAUGAAGAGUACGAGGAUGAGGACGAGGCCCCCGCGCCCAGGUGGCAGGGCAUCGAGUCCAUCUUUGAAGCCUAUCAGGAGUACAUUGAAGAGCAAAGCAUCGAGAGGCAGGUGCUGCAGAGCCAGUGCAGGAGGCUGGAGGCCCACCAUUACAACCUCAGCUUGACGGCCGAGCAGCUCUCCCACACCAUGGGGGACCUGAUGGCCCAGAAGCAGAAGUUGGCGGCAGAGCGGGAGAAGCUACAGGCAGAACUGGAGCACUUCAGGAAGUGCCUGACGCUGCCGCCACAGAGCCAGAGCCAGAGCCACUGGUCCAGGCCGGCAGCUCACUUCAAGGGCUACCCUCCCAGGUGACACCCUUCCUGCCUGGCCCCGACCCCAGCCCCGGCCCUGGCCCUCGUCCCAGCCUACCCUCCACCUCCACCUCGAAUACCACGCCCCGGCCUACCACCCCUAAUACGCCACACCACUCCUCCUGUCCUCCCCAGCCCUCUGACCUCUACCAACACUUGUCCCCCCAGGAUGGAGAUGGAGAGAUGAUGAGAGGAAGGAAUGAAAGAAAAGAAAGAGGCAGAGAAAGAGAGGGGAGGAGAUGGUGCAGACUGGCCACGCAGGCAAAGACUGAAGCUGGAAAAAGCAAAUGUGAUGGUUUUGCGUUGAGCCAAUGGUCAUCACUUGUGAGGGUGCGUGGUCAUGUGAAGAGAUCUGAACAGUGAAGUGAUCAUCUGGGGCCUCUUGGGUUAUAUAAUGCUCACUUGAAAAAUAAAAAGACAGAAAACAGACACGUGUUUAUGCUUUGGAGCAGUAGUUCUCCUCAUACCUCUGCUCUAGCUAUGGCUCCCACCCACCCUUAGGUCUUCCCUCUUGCCUCUUCAGACCUAAAAUGGAAUAAAAACCUAUCCAAAAUGGAAGUCCCUCCACUCCUGCUCCCCCAGCAACCAACCUCACUCAGCCAAUGCUCUGCUGUGUGAACACCAGGCCUGCCUCUCUGCCGCCCUCUGUUGGUCUAAACAAGCUUUCAACUGGAAAUGCACUUAACGUUAGGUUGUAUGAGAAUACCCUGAAGAACUUCGAACUACCUGGAGGUACUGUGUAACAACAAACAAAGGAACUUCUCAAAUUUAGGGAAAGAACUUAACCAGGAAAAAAUAAAGAAAUGCACACUUUUUGGAAAGAAUAAAAGGAAAUGUUUUAUUUCAAAGUACAAAAAAAUUGAGAAUAAAAUUUUAGAAAAAAAGGUGCUUCGGCCUUGUAUUGUAAAUAAUAUUAAAAACAAAAAAAAGAAUUUUGUAUGUUUUUAUUACUUUAUUCAUUGUUGUUUGAGGAAACAAAAAGAAAAAAAGCCUGCCAUUUUUAUAUGUUAAAAGCUUUUUUGUUUUUAAUUUUGGGCAAAGUGAAACUCCUGCUUUUAGUGUGUACUGCUGCUGGUCAGGAUAAAAGCGUUUCUGAGAAGGGUCUGUUGGGCAGAAGGAAAAACAAGAAAAGAGGAUAAGAUGGCUACUUAGCUGAGACAGCUACCGUACACGAAGAUGACUGGACUAAUGUACACGUAGCUUCCUGUCCACUCUUUCACAUGAUUGGAUGAAUCCCCAACCAACCGCAACCACCAUCAUCCCCUCAGGCCUCCUCCCAGUGGGUCCUUUGCCCACUACUGCGUAUCUGUAGGAGAGUUCCAGAACACCCCUGUGUUUUUAUGGACUUUUUGUUUGUUUGUUUGUUUGUUUUAAUUACUUGUUCUUCAUUUGCCUUUUUUGCCAGGGAGCAGCAUGCCUCCCCUUCAUGUGUGACACGUAAUGGCGCUGUGACUAUUGUCACGGUGGCGCCUGUUUUCCAUUUUGGGUCGCUAGGUUUUUAAAACUUGAGAGCGCACAGAUAACCUGGUUUGAGAUCAGCUGUGUCUGAGAUGUGUCUGUAUGCUCGAAAUAUCAUUGUUGUUUUUUAUUUUGGUAUUUUGGGGGUUUGGUAUGUUGUUAGGAGGAAUACACCCCCAAUGAAGCCUGAUGGCACUUGAACAAUUAGCUUGUUAAACGAAUGACCUGGCCUGAAAAAAAUGUACUGAUAUCCAAAGUAUGUCUUUUUAUUUUUCAUGUCUUGAGUGAUACAUAUACAAGCACUGUAAUGAUUUACUUUUUCUUUUGACCUAUACUGAGAACCACUUGUCACCAUGCCCAUGUUUUGGAAUGCCAUAGCUAGAAUAGUAGUGCCAAAUAAUCCACAAACCCACAGGACCACGUUUCUGUCAGCAUUGAUAGUGGUUCAGGUCCUUGUUAAUAUGAACAAAGAAUGCCCAUUGCCAGAAUCGCCAGACACCCACUUAAAUUAAGCGCUAAAUUGUAGCUGAAAAGGAUGGCUUUUACAGUUGUAGUUAAGUCAUCUCCGCAGCUUUCGUUAAUGCUUUGAUGGAGGACUUGCCUUUUGAAAAUGCCAUUUAGUCUUGAACAAAUAAAUAUAAACUUCCAUGUGGGAACUAAUUUAUGGGGGAGGGAGGUGAUUUUGACACCUUGUGUACCAUUGCCAUUGGGUUGAUGUACCAUAUCAAUUUGAGGGGUCCUUACUUGCCAAGCCUCUCUCCUUGAUUUUAUACGGAUUAGUCUCUGCAAGACAAUGCAUUAUAUUAAAGCUAAAUUGUAGUCCCUGCCCCUAUAAUGCCUAAAGAAAACAUAGCGAACACACAAAGGCCUUAACUCAGUGCCAGGAACUUAUAAAUACAAUAAUGAUCUCCUUAAGGAGAAAAAAAAUAUAUUAUUUUGUACGUUUUGGGGAAAUAAAAAAACAAACAUUGUAAUGUUUCUGUACUAUUUUCCUUCAUUUUUUUAUUUUUUAAUUUUGGUGAGAGAUGCCCACCAUAAUCACAGAAUUUAAACCAUAAUGUGUGCAUGUAGGCCUGAAAGCCUGGGCUUUUUUCCACCCUUGCUUGAUAAGACAAAGACUCCUUACCAGUACCACCCAAACAGCCAUGCCGAGAACAGUUUGGUAAUAUCCACGUAGCUAAGCCAAGCACUCUGCCUCCCUGCCACCUUAUGUUUCUGUACCUGCCUAUCAAAACACCUGGUUGAGCGGGCUCUUACCCCCACAAACCCCCCCACCCCCACUGGUUGGCAUGCUCCUCUACCUGUAGAAGCCAACUGUCGACUGUAGCACCUUUGAUCUACUGUUCCCAGUGGUGUCUCUCUUCCCCACCCAACUCCCAAACUUGUCCUUAUUCUUGUUUUUAUACCAAACUCGCCCACUGAGACCACUUAGAACUAAGAGACCAGCGCUUGUCUCGCGUCCAGCUUCCCUACUUGUCUGUAGUGGGCUUCAGAGUAUCGGAGGGUGAAGCCGUACACGGCAGUUAUAAGCAAAGUAAUGGUUGCCUUCCACCUCUUUCCCCCCCCAACAAUAUAUGAUAUAUAUCACCCCCAUGCUCGCGCUGAAGUCCGUCAUGAUUCCCAAGGUACAGCGGAGUGCCAGGUUUGGAAGUGGUACCAUGUUUACAGACCCCAAGGCUGGCCCUAGCAUCGACUGUCCUACCAUAGCCCAUGUUGUCCAGGUGGGGAGGGUUAGAAGGGUCAUCCCACACCCUCCCCUCUCACACACGCACAUGCCCAGCCCAGCGGAGGAUGUCUAGAUGCUGUGAAAUCAUGAUUUUUUUUUUUAAUGUACUUGUUUGAAUUCAUUGUAAUGUAAUAUAUUAUUUGUUGAAUGUAGUAAUUAGGUAUUUAUGAAUAUAUUGCUGUAAUUUCAGACAAAAAAAUAAAAUAUUUGAAAAUGUA